CCUCUCUGCUUUUUACCUUUCCUUCCUCUGCGCAUGACCGCUAGUCUGCAGUGUGAGCCCGCUCAGCAUUCAGAGAAUGGAAAGGCUCUCAAAGGUCACAUCUUUAAAAGAAAACGGGUACAAGAUCCGUACGAAUGUCGGGUGUUUUGCUACAGCGAGCUCACUUGUCAAAGCUACAAUUACGUCAAAACUGAUCAAAUUUGUGAGUUGAAUAACAGAACCAAAGAAGCAAGACCUGAAGAUUUUGUCCAAGAUUUAACUAGAUUUUACAUGCGAAGGUGGAAAAACAGAGUCUCUUUAGGCUCCAUUCCUGAGAUGCCCGCCGAGUCUUGUGAAGAGAUCAAAGCCAGCGAACAAUGGAUGGCAGUCAGCGGUAGAUAUUGGUUGGAGUCCCUGGAGACAAAAAUGAAGUUCAAGAAAUUUCUGGUUUAUUGCGACAUGGUAUCAUUGGAUCGGGCCUGGACUCUUCUCGCUCGAUUCUCAAACAGUGACACCAAAAACUGGAUGAAUGACUCAGGAUACUGGUGGUACGACAGUACAAAAGCUGCAGGAGAAACUGCUGAUCCGUCCAUCAACGUGGAUAUGAUCUCGCCAGCCUUCUGGCUAGUGAGCGGCAGUGAGUUUAAGAUCACGCGCAGUGAUGACUUUGGACACACUCCUUUGUUGCACACAACAGGGAACUGUCUCAGCGGGCAGACAUUCCGAUCCAAAAUCACUAGCUACGGUAACUUCAGAAACGGUUCAGUUUGGUCCGAUACAAAGUGCCUGGGAAAAUGCAAAGUUCAAUAUGGUGGACAGUACCUAACAACUGAGGGCUUUGGACAGGCUUCAUGCAACGGUGAACUGCAAGCUGCUGAUGAAGUCGGCUUCUGGUGUGACUGGCGCUGGAGUGGCUCUGUAAUCAUGAUUGGGGGAGGUGGGGCGGUUUGCUCACGUGCUGACCACGGAAUUGGAACAACGGUCGCGAAACUUGCCUCUUUUGAAAUCAAGGAAAACGGAAGACGAGAAUCUGACUUUAGUAAUGACGCUUGGGGUCAAAUAACUAAAAAUUGUUCAUUGAAUUUGUGGAUUUGUUAAUGCAUGCAAUGAUGUAUGAUUUGCUUCGAAUAUUUCACUUUUAAGUUUGC